CAGGAAGUGGCUCGGAACCCCAGAAGCCUGGAGCAGCGCCUGCCUCCCCGCACCCUAGCGACCCGCCACCGGUCCAGUCCCUGUCCCUAGUGUUAAAGCCCCCACCCCCCUCCGAGCCCCGCGAACUCGUGAGAUCAUGUCGAACAUGGAGAAACACUUAUUUAGCUUGAAGUUUGCUGCAAAAGAACUUAAUAGGAAUGCCAAGAAAUGUGAUAAAGAAGAAAAAGCUGAAAAGGCCAAGAUAAAAAAGGCCAUUCAGAAAGGCAAUACAGAAGUUGCAAGAAUUCAUGCUGAAAAUGCAAUCCGUCAGAAAAACCAGGCAAUCAAUUUCUUGAGAAUGAGUGCUAGGGUUGAUGCUGUGGCAGCCAGAGUUCAAACUGCAGUAACAAUGGGCAAGGUGACAAAAUCCAUGGCAGGUGUAGUUAAAUCUAUGGAUGCUACAUUGAGGAGUAUGAACCUUGAAAAGAUUUCUGCCUUAAUGGACAAAUUCGAACAUCAAUUUGAAACAUUGGAUGUUCAAACACAACAAAUGGAAGAUACAAUGAGUAGCACUACAACCCUAACAACACCACAGAACCAAGUGGAUAUGCUGCUUCAGGAAAUGGCAGAUGAAGCUGGCCUUGAUCUCAAUAUGGAGCUCCCACAGGGGCAGACAGGCUCUGUUGGUGCAAGUGUUGCUUCUACGGAGCAGGAUGAACUGUCACAGAGGCUUGCUCGUCUUCGUGAUCAAGUGUAACUUAAAUAACUGGUGCUUCUGUUUCCUCCACGUGUGUCUGAAACAGCCUCUGUGUUUGUAUGUAAAGUUGCACUCUAGUGAGAAAAACAUUAUACAUGCCAGAAUGUUUGAACAUUAUUUAUAUAUGAUGCUUUAUUUUGCCUUGUGUAAUUUGCAGUGCAUUAAGAAAUUCCAUGGAAUUUCCACAUUGGCAGAUUUUAUAAUUCGGAAUAUUAUUUGUAAAGGUGUAAGGGACAUAUUUUUGUAGAUGUCUUUGACAAAGCUAGCAUUAAUUUUCUUUAUAUUAUAUGUCUUCCUCAAAUAGUAGAGAAAACAUCUAGCACCUACUAACUAAAGUAAUUUUGUCAGAAUAAAGGCUUUGUUUUUAGGGAAUUUUCAGUCAUUGUGAUGAAAUGUGAUGUUGUAAAAAUAAAAACAAGGAAAGCAUGUUUAUUUAAUAUGUUUACAUAGCCCCAAGCGUCACAAAUAGGCUGUAUCAUUUUCUAUAGGACUUUUAAAAAUUAUUUUUAUUUUGUAUGUGAUUGUUUUGCCUGCAUGUAUAACUGUAAUAAUACUUGUGUGCCUGGUGC